AUGAAGGGCCCCAGAGGCACCCCGUGGAGGGACUUCCGUCACGUUGGUGUAGAACUCCGUCUCCUUGGAAAGGAAAAGAAGAGGCUCCGGGCUGAUAGAUGGCGGGGACGUAGAGAGGAACUGGCUACCACCUGCACUCUGCGCAGCCACGGACAGAACGCGAUCAAGGGUGUCGCACUGGGCUUCCGUUACAGGACGAGGUCUGUACGCGCGUUUCCCCUCAGCAUCGUUAUUCAGGAGAAUGGUUCUCUUGUUGAAAUCAGAAAUUUCUUGGGUGAAAAAUAUAUCCACAGGGUUCGGAUGAGGUCAGGUGUUGCUUGUGCAAUAUCUCAAGCCCAGAAAGAUGAGUUAAUUCUUGAAGGAAAUGACAUUGAGCCUGUAUCAAAUUCAGUUGCUUUGAUUCAGCAAGCCACAACAGUUAAAACAAGGUUAUCCGAAGAUUUUGGGAUGGUACCUAUGUUUCUGAAAAAGGAGUAG